UACCUACUUAGGAAGGAACCCACGAUAAGUGGGGCGAGUCACAGGGAGGAUUUCCAGCUCAUUGAAGGGCAGAAGGGCAAUAAAACAACAUAUCAGGCUAUCGCGCCACCUACCUACCCACGUCACGUCCAAGAACAGAACCACUAAACGACCACUGAGAGAAAAUCCGGUAAAAUCGAACGCGCUCCGACCACUAUAAAGACUCGCGGCAUUACUCAGAGAAGGCCCAGUUCGCAAUCACCUGAGGAGGGGGGAAGAAAAGGAUCAUGCACGAGGAGAUCGGUUGAGUCUUCGGCGCAAUGGCAUCGAGCGAGGAGAUCAUGGAGAUACCGGCGACAAAGGACGAAUCGUCCGACUCGGAGAGCAGCACCGUCACCGAAGACAGCCGCGGCGACAGCACGCCAAUCGAAUGGCUCGCCACCGGGCGUGCCAAACGCUGUACCGCCGGAAACCGCAUGAAUUCGGUCCUCGCCCUCGAAGAACCCGACUCAGACCUGGAGCUUCUUUUCGCUGAAGAUGGCGACGACGCCGGGUUUUUGGACAUUGAUGACGAAGGCUCAGACUUGCAGAUGGAUUCUUCAUCCGACUCAGAAGGCGAGAAAGACGGCGAUGCCGAUGACCUUGAGGGUGAGCGCGAGCUGGAGAAGCAGGCGAAGGAGCGGCGUACCGCUCAGCGGAAGCGCAAGGCGCAAGAAUCCAUCCCAGCAAAGUUUAGGAAGAAGGUCCGGAUCAACGACAAGCAGCCUGCCAAGACCCAGGACUCUCGCCAACCCGCUCCUCGCGCCAGGAAGAAGUCGGAACGGACGAGUUGGUUGCCCGCAGCCACAGACCUGCCCACGAGGGCGUCGGCACGCCAAACGACAGUUCUGAGCAAAGAGCAGUUACACCAGCAGAUGAUGGAACGGGAGGCGAAAAGACUCAAGCAGGUCGAGGCGAUGGAACGCAAGGCCAAAAAAAUGGAGGCUACGAAGAAACCACCUUUGACGCAAGCGCAACGCCUGGCCGAGGCUGCGAUCGUGGAGAAGAGGAAUGCCAAAAGUCUGAACCGCUGGGAAGAGGCCGAGAAGGCACGGGAGGAAGAACGAAGAGCAAAACUCGCCGCCUUGAACAAUCGUACGCUCAAGGGCCCGGUUGUCACGUUUUGGAGCGGGAUGGGCAUCUGGGAGGGAGAUGAGAACGGCGGCAAGGCCGUCAGCAUCGAGGAGAAGCCGAAGAGAAAGAGAGAGAAAAAGGACAAGGAGGAAAAGGGUACAGGGACUCUUACUGACGACAAGGCUCCUGUACCAGAUGACACUGUAAUAACUGGACCGAGCCCCAUGUCUGCGGCAAACGCGGAUGCUUACCACAAAACAGCGAACUCCAUGUCGGCAAUGUCAGGGCCGGGCCAACCGGGAAUCAGGACUCCUGAAGACGCCAGCGCCUCCACGGAAACCCAGCAGGCGCCGGGACCCAUGGCACCCCCUGCUGCCACCUCACCGUCAACGGCUCAGGCAUCAGUGUUCGAGCGACCGAAUUCGCAACUCAAUGUGAUGGGUCCACCGCCGCUCCCUUCGCAACCGCCAAAGACUUGUUCGCCCGUUCUUACUCCUCCCUCGUUGGCGCCACCCCCCCAAGGUCUCAAAGCUCCCGUUCUUGCCCCGCCAGUGCUGGCUCCCCCACCCGGCGGUAUUCAUCUUCCGGGUUCUUCUAUGACUCCGAUGUCUACUGUUCUUGCUCCACCAAACGCAAUCCAAAGGCCUUCUCCCCUUUCCCCCCACUCGAUAAAACAAAGCGAGGAACGACCGCCGCUCCCCAGGCCGGUAGUCCCCAAUUCUCAUAGCGCUUCCUUAAGCGUCCAGCCCAUUCCGCCAGAAGCCACCCCGCCAACAGAUAAUCCUUCACGAAGUCCCACUUCUCAACCUCCCUCUGAUUCCGUCACCGCCCCUGCGUCUGAACCAAAACCGCCAGCCGGGCCGCCAGGCGAACCAUCUGUUGGCUCCAAAACCUCGAAACCCUCCAAAACCACCCGGCAUGCCAUUAUCCUUCAAAAUUUUGACGAGACGCUUAUCCGCGACAAGACCAGUCAGCUUCAGGUCCUAUUCGGACAACGGAAGCUGUCCAAGCUCCCCAAACCACCUCCUGCACCUCUCUGCGCCAUUACGAACCAUCCUGCGCGCUACCGCGAUCCACGGACGGGACUGCCAUACUUCAACAGCUACGCGUACCGUGAAAUCCAAAGGCUUAGGCGAGGGGAUUACCGGUUCAGCUCGUUGAUCGGGGCGUGGGUCGGGAGUGGUAGCUACGCUGCCCAAGGCGUGCCAGCGCGGUUCUUAGGUGGUUCGGGGAUGGACAAGAAGCAGGACGCGGGCACAAAAGAUACGUUGGCAACACAUAGCGCCUCUGGAAACGGAAGGACAGAAGCGCGCAGCGAGAAUAAAGAGAAAAUCGAAGGAGGCUCCACGAUGGGAAAGGUAUCGAGCGAGGGAUUAAAAAAAGAGGUGUCCGUCGGUGAGAUCAGCGAGCCGCAGGAUAGACCUGUGGCUACUCUCGCCGUAAAAGACCGGGUUCCCACGGACCAGGUAUCUCGGGCCGCUGUUGUUCCAGGGGCCUGGAGAGUUCUCGACUAGCGGAGAGGCGGCUCCUGCGAUGAGCGUAAAUAGCCACGUUGGACGGGCGUGAUAGGCCAAGUGAUACACAUACGGCUUCGCAAAUGACCCUGUGAGACCGAUUGAAUGAAAUUGAAUGAGACUGAA